AUGGCUGCAACCCUUCCAGUCCCCUACGUCCCGGUCUGGUGUCUGCCUCUGGGCGGUAAUGGACCAAAGUCCAUGCUGAAAUACAAGCCUCAGUUCCCAACGUGUCAAGGAGUAAAUCAGUUCGGACUCGGGCUGGAAGGCUUCAGACCGCGCUGGUCCAACAGCAAGAACAUUAUUGACGCUGCAACCUUUGAUGCGUCUCAGAGACUUUACAAACCUGCAGAUAUCCUGCAGGUGUCAGCCGUGCGUAAAAGUGUAGCCCGACAAGUCGUGCGUAAAAGUUUCUCCUUCCCGUCGGAGACCAUGCGCAACUUCUCGGAGCCACGCGCCUUUCCAGCGCGAGGCGGAGAUGCAGCCUGUCUCGGGACUAUCUUGGUCUCACCCGAUCCCGGUCCUGAUGCCAGCGUGGACCCGGUGAGCCACACGGUGUCCCCGGAGCAGUCUCCGGUUCUGUGCAGGCCUCUUGGCACUCUGCAGAAAGAGGAAACGACAGAGGAGAGAGAGCCAAAGGUUUAUCUGGAAGCCAGCGACCUUUGGACACAGUUCCACAAAUGCGGCACUGAAAUGGUCAUUACAAAAUCUGGGAGGCGCAUGUUCCCGCCGCUCAGGGCCCGCUGCACCGGGAUGGACACAGAAGCCAAGUACAUUUUCCUGAUGGACAUAGUGACGGCUGAUGACUGCAGAUAUAAGUUCCACAACUCCCGCUGGAUAGUGGUGGGGAAGGCGGAUCCGGAGAUGCCCAGACGCAUGUACAUCCACCCGGACAGCCCGGCCCCGGGCGGGCACUGGAUGUCCAGAGUGGUCAAUUUCCACAAACUCAAGCUGACCAACAACAUUUCAGACACGCAUGGAUUCACCAUUCUGAACUCGAUGCACCGAUACCAGCCCCGGUUCCACAUCGUGCAGGCCAGCGACAUGCUCAGCCUCCCCUACAGCACCUUCAGGACCUAUGCAUUCUGGGAGACGCAGUUCAUCGCAGUCACAGCCUACCAGAACCACAAGAUAACGCAGCUGAAAAUAGACAACAAUCCUUUCGCAAAGGGAUUCAGAGACACGGGCAACGGAAGACGAGAAAAGAGCUGCAUUUAA